GCUUUUCUUUCUUUCUUUCUGUUUUUUUAUACAUAUUCUUUUUUACCCCCAUCUCGUUGAGCCGAUUUAUUUUUUUCGUUCCUUUUUUUUCUUCUCCACCGUUCAGCCUGCUACCACCGAACCGCCCGACUUUCCCCCCUUCGCGAGGGGCACUCGAGACCAACAGAGGCAGCCGAACUCACGCACCAGCAUGUCCGGUGGUUACCGGGCUUUCAGCUACGAACAAGGCGAUGACGGUCUGGGAGGAGCCGAUCGGGGACAAUAUGCAUCGCCGGAAACCCGACACCUGAUGGGCGGUCAAGGCUUGUCGUCGGUGUCGGAACAAGGACAGCGGAAUCUCGGGCCCUCGCAGUCGAUGCGCACGAAUUCGACCGCGACUCCGGGCAUGGAUAACCUGGGCCCCGCCGCGGUAGGUGGCGGCAUUGGGGGAGUCGCUCUGGGCGUCGCUAACACCCAUGACCGGCAGAGUGGCAUCGAUGCGAUGAGAGAAACGGAUGGCCCGAUGCACCACAUGCCCGCCGAACGGGAGUACCACGCCACCGGCGCCGACAACCCCUACAUUCCCAUGCCGCCGGAUGGUCCCUACGCACACUCGAACGCCUUGCGCCCACCGCGGGAGACGUACGGACCGUCCGCGGCGCUGGGUGCCGUGGCGGGCGCUACGGCUGCCCAUUCAAUCCCUGCGUCCAAUCCGUCGCAACCCAGCCUGACCGACAGCCCCUAUCAAAACGUCGGCGCUUUCAACGGCGGUCCGUAUCAGCGACAGUCUGCGUAUAACUCCAACGAGUACCCCCUCGUCAUCAACCCGGACGAGAUCGUCGACGACGGCGAUGACGGCUUCAUCCCUCCGAAUUCCAAGUCUGCCGGUUCCAAGGCGGCGGCGGUGGGGGCCGCGGCCGGCGGCGCGGCGGCGUACAAUGCAGUUCCGGGCUCAGGCCUGGAGGCCGGCAACGAAAAGAGCCAGUGGAUCAAGCCGAAGCCCAACGGGGGCAGUCGCAAGCGGGGCUGGAUCGUGGGCAUCAUCCUGGCCUUCGUCAUUGUCGGGGCCAUCGUCGGCGGCGCGGUCGGCGGGACGCUGGGCAAGGGGCAGAAGGAGGAACCCUCCGGCAUGUCCGCGUCGGAUGACAACGAGACGAACGGCGAUCUGGGCAAGGACUCGGACGAGAUCCGCGAGCUGAUGGACAUGCCGGGCCUCGCCAAGGUGUUCCCGGGUAUGGACUAUACGCCGUGGGGGGUGCAGUACCCGCUGUGCGAGAAGUACCCGCCGUCGCAGAACAACGUCACGCGCGACAUCGCCGUGCUCUCGCAGCUGACCAACACCGUCCGUCUCUACGGCACCGACUGCAACCAGACGGAGAUGGUCCUGCACGCGAUGGAGCGGCUGGAACUCAAGGACAUGAAGCUCUGGCUGGGGGUGUGGAUCGACGACAACAACAAGACCAACGACCGGCAGAUCUCGUCGCUGUACAAAAUCCUCGACAACACCGACGACAAGACCAUCUUCAAGGGCGUCAUCGUCGGCAACGAGGCGCUGUUCCGCGCGGGCCACGACAUCAACAGCGCGCGCAGGAAGCUCAUCGGUUACAUGAACGACGUUCGGAAGCGCCUCAAGGAGGACGGGUUCGACCUACCCGUGGCCACGUCCGACCUGGGCGACAACUGGGAGAAGGACCUCGUCGAGGUGUCGGACAUGGUCAUGUCCAACGUCCACCCCUUCUUCGCGGGCGUCAAGGUCGACCUCGCCGCCAGCUGGACCUGGGAUUUCUGGCAGAGCCACGACGUGGUCCUGACCAAGGGCACCAAGAAGAAGCAGGUGAUCUCGGAAGUGGGUUGGCCCAGCGGCGGCGGCAACGACUGCGGAAAGGGGGCCAACUGCCCGGAUGAUACGUCGGGCUCGGUGGCUGGUAUUGACCAGCUGAACCAGUUCAUGUCGGAUUGGGUGUGUCAGGCGAUGGAUAAUGGGACUGAUUAUUUUUGGUUCGAAGCCUUCGACGAGCCCUGGAAAGUCCGGUUCAACAAAGGAAAGGAACAAUGGGAAGACAAAUGGGGUCUGAUGGACCCGGGCCGCAAACUCAAGCCAGGCAUCAAGAUCCCAACCUGCGGCGGCAAGACCGUCGAUUGAUCCUUUUUUUUUCUCUUUUUUUCUUUUCCGUUUCCUUUUACGCUCCUUUUUACGAAGAGCACAGCGAGAUGCUAUGGGCUCCAUUCGAUGCAUAAUAUCAUGUUAACUUCUACCUUCCUUCAUGUAUGCUUGGUCGUCCUGUUUCCGGAGUUGGGUUGGGAUUGUUAUGUUACGGUGUGUAUUCUAUGACGCUGUUUCUCCCUGGUGUUUUGUGUUUGAUAUUGUUUGUUUAUGGGUUGUAUAUAUUUGGCUGGCGUGACUACCUAGGAUUCACAUGCAUCUAGCGUAACUAUUAUGGAAUAUU